GGUGAAAGUGUCCGGACUGGAAGGGGAGGGUGUCCGGACUGGAAGGGGGUGAAAGUGUCCGGACUGGAAGGGGGGAAAGUGUCCGGACUGGAAGGGGGGGAAAGUGUCCGGACUGGAAGGGGGGGAAAGUGUCCGGACUGGAAGGGGGGGAAAGUGUCCGGACUGGAAGGGGGUGAAAGUGUCCGGACUGGAAGGGGGGGAAGUGUCUGGACUGGAAGGGGGGGAAAGUGUCCGGACUGGAAGGGGGGGAAAGUGUCCGGACUGGAAGUGGGCGAAGGUGGGUCCUCCGGAGGGCGAGGG